AUGCCGGAAGCACCACCUGCCGAAAGCGUGUUUGAUUACGUCGACCGUUGCGAUGAGGGCGAUUGUCUGACGAUUGACAGCGUGGAUUACAAGCCAUUGAGUCUGCCAAAUCAAUACCAGUUGGACGCGGCAUUCAUGCUUUUCAGAGAAUGUGAUUCUAACCCCGCCAAGAAUGAAGUGAAGCGCUUCUGGAUGCGUUCAAGGAGCAGCCACGGCGACUACCACCAUUUCCUCAUUAGCUUGGCGAAGAAGAAUAUUAUUCGCAACCCUGAGAUCGAUGAUGUUGAGAACUUCGCAUCGCAGUACUUCUACAUGACUACUCUGUACUACAAGACCUACCUCAAUGUUGACCUUGGUAAAGCGAAGUUCUUCAACAAGCUUGCUUUCACGACUCAGCUGUUCGGUUUCGGUAUCAGGAAGGCGUUGAAGCGUCUGGUUAGAGAGAACCUUCCUGUGGACCUUGGAAUCCACCCUGAGGCUCGCAUUCGCCAGAUAUCUGGCGGCUACAGCGCAUACAUGUUGAAUCAGGUACCUGCUCUUCCAUCCUUCGCCGACCGUUUCUCCAAGAUGGCUACUGAGACCCUUUUGAGGACCGUCAGCGAUUACGUUCACAUGCCUGCAUACAAGAAAUGGUACAACAAGUUCAAGGAGUUCAUAUUGGCUAAAAUCAAGGAGCCGAGUGAGCAGCUGCGUGAGAAGAUUCCUCAUUAUCUUUCGAAGGCUAAGGGUGCUGUUGAGCACGUUGUUCACAAGGUCAAGUCCAAGUACGCUAUAAAGAAUGGAUACGAAUCCGCUGAGGAAUCAUUGAGCGAAUCAGCGGAAGAAACUCGUGUUCCUGGCGAUUAUGUUGAACAAGAUUGGAAAGAACCCAACCUACACAAACAGCACAACUGGGUUGAUGGUGCCGGUUACGAGGUUACUGAUGGCGUAAAGAGUGACGACUCCACCGAUGCUACUGAAGCGUAG